GACUCUGAAGGAGAAGAUCUCUGGGAUAAUGCCGCCUCAGGAUCCGAUGACGAUGACGAAGAUUUAGACGAUGAGUUUGAUGACGAAGAAGACGAAGAAAUGGAGGGAUUGGAUGGUGAAGGUCUUGAUGAACGUAAAUCUCGCAAGAUCGAAGCUCGUAAAGCCCGUGAGGCUGCUAUGGCCGAGGCUGAAUUGUUAGACUCUACUAUGCAAACCAAUAUUCAGGGCGAGACUGAGCUUUACGAACUUCCCGACGAAGACGAACCUGAAUUAAUGACCGAUGUUGCAGCUGUCAACCAGCGUAUCCAGGAAGUCGUUAAUGUUCUCAAUAACUUUAAAGAAUUGCGCGACCCUUCAAAGUCUCGUCAGGACUACAUGGAUCGUUUGAUUAAGGAUAUUGCUCAAUACUACGGUUACUCUCAUUUUUUGGCCGAGAAGCUUUGCGGUCUCUUCCCUGUUUCAGAAGCUAUCGAAUUUUUCGAGGCUAACGAGGUUCCCCGUCCCGUUACUAUCCGUACAAAUACUCUCAGAACUCGUCGUCGUGAUCUUGCUCAGGCCCUGAUCAACCGUGGUGUUAACCUUGACCCCAUUGGCAAGUGGAGUAAGGUCGGUCUCCAGAUCUUUGAUUCCCAGGUGCCUAUUGGUGCUACCCCCGAAUACCUUGCUGGACACUAUAUGCUCCAAGCUGCAUCUUCAUUCUUGCCCGUUAUGGCUUUGGCACCUCAGCCUAACGAGCGUGUGUUGGAUAUGGCAUCAGCUCCCGGUGGUAAGACUACCUACAUUGCUGCUCUCCAAAAGAACACCGGUAUGGUAUUUGCCAACGAUGCCAGCAAGGAUCGUUUAAAGAGUUUGGUGGCCAACAUUCACCGUAUGGGCGUUAAGAACGCUGUUGUGUGCAACUAUGACGGUCGUGAGUUCCCCAAGGUUGUCGGUGGUUUCGAUCGUGUUUUACUCGAUGCUCCUUGUUCCGGAACCGGUGUUAUUUCCAAGGAUCCUGGCGUGAAGAUCAACAAAACAGAAAAGGACUUUGUCGACAUUCCUUUCCUCCAGAAGCAGUUGAUUCUUAGCGCAAUCGACUCUGUAGAUGCCAAGUCCAAAACUGGUGGAUAUAUUGUUUACUCUACAUGUUCGGUUGUUGUCGAGGAAAACGAGGCAGUUGUUAACUAUGCAUUGAGCAAGCGUCCCAAUGUAAAGUUGGUAUCUACUGGCCUUGAUUUCGGCAAAGAGGGCUUCACAGCAUUCCGUGGAAAGAACUUCCACCCUACCUUGAAGAUGACUCGCAGAUUCUAUCCUCACGUACACAACAUGGACGGUUUCUACGUCGCGAAAUUCAAGAAAAUGAGCAACAAAUUCGAAGACAAGAAGGACAAGAAGGAAAAUAGAGAGAAUGGUGAAGAUGAGGAUGAUGAUCCCAAUGACUACACUGGAUUCAACGACGAAGAGGAUCUUGAGCUUAUCGAUGAGUCCAAGACCAAGCUGCGGAAGAAGAAGGGAAUUCCUACUCAUGCUGGAAAG